UCUCUCACACACAAAACACACACACAGUCGUUUUUCUCUCUCUUAUUUCCUUUUAACCAACCUUCUGACAUUCGUCAAACUUCCUUUUUCUCAUUUCAGUCAUUACAAAGAAAGGAUAACAAGGGAGACUUUCUUCUUCUCUCUACAGAAGAUAUAUUGGAGGAAAUUUGCCCUCGCUUUUACACCUUCAACUUCAGUAGUAUCCUCCUCUCCAUUUCGUCCUGUCACCGGUCGUCCGGCGACUUCUCCGAUCAAUUUAAGUUGAGUGAAGGAAAAUGGAUUUGGUGGAAGGAGUAGGGGAGAGUUCGUCACCGCCGAGGAGUUUUGGGAGCUGUGCACUACUGUAUGAUAUAAAGAACGAUGUCUAUAACCGUCUUGUCCAGAGCGGAAAUGCGGAGGCCGUUACUAAUCCGGAGUUGCUUCGUGAGCAGUUGGAUUCUCACUUUGCUCGCUUGCCUGCUAGUUAUGGGUUGGAUAUUAAUAUGGAUAGAGCAGAAGAUGUGUUGUUGCAUCAGAAGAUUCUUGUUAGAGCAAAAGAUCCCGAUAAUCAGCCUGCUUAUCAUGUCCGAUAUUUAGAGAAUUAUUGGACUAGAUCCGACGAUGUAGAGGGUCAGCAUGAGUUCAAUGAUCUUCCGACUCAACAGCCAGGUGGCAGCUUAAAUAAUGAAGGGAUAAGGAAACAUGUGAAUGACUUUGAAACUUGCUCUAAGCUUGAAGACCUAAAUUUGGAAGUUAGACAGAAUUUCAAUGGCAAAGAAGAAAUUCCGGCAGAAGAUUCUAUCAGAAGGCAUGACAUUUCGCAUAUUCCAAUCCAUGAAGUUAUCUUUUCUACCAUUGACAAACCCAAGCUUCUUAGUCAGCUCUCUGCUUUACUUUCUGAUAUAGGGCUUAACAUCCGAGAAGCUCAUGUGUUCUCAACAACUGAUGGGUAUUCAUUAGAUGUAUUUGUGGUGGAUGGAUGGCCUGUUGAGGAUACGGAGGCUUUGCAUAAAGAACUGGGGAAAGCAAUUUCCAGAUUUGAGGGAUCAUGGUCUGGUUCGUCUCAUUCAAAGUCAGCUGUUGAAAAGUAUAUACUCGCACGAUCAAAACCUGAAGAUUGGGAAAUUGAUAGAAGAUUACUGAAGAUUGGGGAAAGAAUUGCUUCAGGAUCUUGCGGCGAUUUGUAUCAUGGGAUGUAUCUUGGUAUGGAUGUUGCUAUCAAGUUCAUUAGAUCUGAGCAUUUGAAUGACACAUUGGAAGAUGAGUUUGCUCAAGAAGUAGCAAUUUUGAGGCAAGUUCAGCACAAAAAUGUUGUUCGUUUCAUUGGUGCAUGCACAGAGUCACCUCAUCUGUGCAUAGUUACAGAAUACAUGUCUGGUGGGAGCUUGUACGACUACUUGCAUAAAAACCAUGUCAUAUUACAACUCUCACAAUUGCUAAGCUUUGCAAUUGAUGUCUGCAAAGGAAUGGGGUACUUGCAUCAAAAUAAUAUUAUUCACAGGGAUCUGAAGACAGCAAAUUUACUUAUGGAUGCGAACAAUGUUGUUAAAGUGGCAGAUUUUGGUGUUGCUCGUUUCCAAAAUAAGGGGGGUGUCAUGACAGCUGAGACUGGAACGUAUAGAUGGAUGGCCCCUGAGGUCAUCAAUCAUCAGCCAUACGAUCAGAAAGCAGAUGUGUUUAGUUUUGCUAUUGUUCUUUGGGAGCUUGUAACAGCAAAGGUUCCAUAUGACACCAUGACCCCACUACAAGCUGCUCUAGGAGUGAGACAGGGCCUCCGACCAGAGCUUCCAGAGAAUGCACACCCGAGGCUGCUAGACUUGAUGCAGAGGUGUUGGGAGGCCAUUCCGAGUGAUAGACCCAGCUUCUCUGAAAUACAAGUUGAACUUGAACUACUCUUGCAGGAAGUUGAGGAUGCGGUAGAGGCUCCAAAUGAGAGAUGAACAUGUGCUACAUGUAUUGGACUAACGACACACUUUAACAGUAACAACAGAGGAUUUUCUUUACCAGGCCAUAUAUACACAGACCUUUAUUUUUUGGGUGAGAUCUAUGUUACAAGCGAAAGACACAGAGAACUGCUGGCCAUUUUUGGAGUUGAUAGCAAAGUGACUCGAUUUUCUGAUAACACGUUACUGCAUCAAAAAUACCACUAACAUCCUUGUAAAAUCUUUUUUUCCCCUUUAAGGAAAAUGUAAUGUCUUUUUUUUUUGAGGGGUGGGGUUUUGGGGGAUGAUAAAGGAGUUUGGGUGAGAAUUUCACAAGUGUACCAGCGUUUUCGAGUUUGGUUCAGAUCAACUUGUUGGGCUGUUACUUUCUGUUCAAUUGAAUGCGCUGUUGUUUCGCCUAAUGAGCAAGUUUGAGGAGAAAGCUCUUGGUUGAUGCUACAUAUAGCCUGAUGUAUCAAUUGGCUUGAGAAUACUCGAAUCACUUUUCACGUGGAUCUGUUUGGCUUGAGAUGUGCUACAUAUGAGAUAAUUUGAAUGUU